CUCCCUCUUUCUUCCCCUUGUUUUACAGUGUGAAGGCUAGGUCUUCAUAGCAUCUGAUGUAAGGAGAGGAAAAAACUGACCGUAAAAUUAUGACUUUAUAUCUGUUAUGCAUCAUAUAAAGAAGACUGGAUUAGAGAUGCUGUCUGUCUCCUGUUUUGUUUCCCACUGACGACAGUUUUGACUUCUCAAAUCAUGCUUUUCUCUCUCCUUGUGACGUCACCACAUCCUGGUUUUGACUUCACAAGACAUGUACUACGGUUUAACGAUUUCCUUGUCGUUUUUCAGUUCACAUGCACACACAUACAUAUCUUCUCACUACACCAGCUCAAUUGCGCACACACGCAGCCACGCACACACACACACACACACACACACAUACACACACACACACACAACACUGUAUGAUGGUAGGCUACUGUCCAAUCUGUGGGAAGCCCGUCUACUUUGGUGAGAAGAAGAGGUCUCUGGGGAGGGACUACCACCCUCUCUGCCUGAAGUGUCAGAAGUGCAACAGACAGCUCACAGCUGGACAACAUGCUGAGUAUGAUGAGAAGCCGUACUGUUCACACUGCUACCUGAAGAUGUUUGGUCCAAGAGGUAACAGGUGACUGGUGUUGCCAUGGCACAGUGCAUCCCCUCCACAUACAGCAGACUGACAGACGGACAUCUAUGUGUUCACACUAGUUGACUAUCAGUUAAACCUCCACCAAAUAAAUUAUUUAUAAACGUGUGAUGACCACUUAAUGCCACGUGCAUGUGAUUGUUCACUUUUAUAAUAUGUACAAAUUCCAAGUCAGUGUUGAAUAAUACAUCUUUUAACAUUGCAACACCAA